AUGUGGACUCUGCCAGCCUGGGUGGACGAUGGCUUUCAACAUGUGAACUUGCUACAAACAUCUUCUCGGUUUGCCAUCGUCGAGAAUCUCGGAGCUGGGCUGAAGAACGAUGCGUCGCAUUUGCUGUGGGCACUUGGUUUACGGACGCAUGUCCCGUCGAAACUCGCCGUGCUCGAGUACACUUCGAAGAUCAUUGUCGUCAUGAUUGCUUUCAUUUUGCUCUUCUUCCUGCUCUACGUUGCCUGCAAUGGCGUGCCAACAACUCGUGUCCGAAGGGCGCGCGAGACUGGCAACGGCAUGCCCGGCAAGAUGCAAGCGGUUUUUGCUCUGACAAUGUUGCUGGACUAUUCAUGCACCGACCAGUACCAACCGAACAUGCCCGAGAUGGCGCGGGCCUUCAAGGUGUCUUCGGCUCAAAUAGGCUCGACCAUCCAGGUCCAUCUCUUCAGUUGUGCUGUCGGAACACUCGUCGUCGGCCCGCUCUCCGACCGAAUGGGAAGAAGACCCGUGAUAUUGACGUGCCAGCUAAUGCAAGCGGCUGGGACCUUCACGUGCGCAUGUGCCUCCAGUCUAGGCUGGUUCAUGUCUGGGCGCGUUCUUCAAGGCUUGGGUGCCUCCGUCCUCGUCGUCAUUUUUGCAUGCUUUCGCGACUGCUACGAGGAACCUGCCCGCAGGCAGCAGGCCACCGGUGCCAUGUUUUCCAUCACGCUGGUCGGCCCCAUCUUUGCCCCUGCCUUUGGAGGCUUCCUGGCCUCUCGCUUUGGUUUCAGGCUUCCCUUUGCCUUGUUGGCUGGCUGUUCGAUGCUGCUGGCAUGCGCAGGUUGUCUUGUGAUUCAUGAGACGGCCUCUGGGGAGCCUUCUGGCAAAGGUAUGGCAGUGGACUUCUACCGUGUACUGAACAACGGCAAGCGACUGCUCAUUCUUCUGUGCUUAGGGGCUUGCAAGAGCACUUUUGACGUGAACAUUGCCACGAACGGCGUCAUCAUGGAGGAGCACUUCGGCCAAAGCGUUGUGCAAACAUCACUCCUCAGCAUUGCCUUCGCUGUGGCAUGUGCUGGGGGCUCGGUGGUGUCUGGCUGCCUUCAGGAGCAGCCCACGGACGUGAUGCGGAUGUUCAUCCCUCUGAUGUUGCUGUCUUCCGCAAGCUUGAUCGUGGCCGGACUUUACUCAGGAAGCAUUGCCGGAUACCUCUCCAGCAUGUCCUUCCUUCAAUUACUUGUGUUCCCGCAGAUGAUCUCAUACCACACAGAGUUCGCGCAGGAUCUCCAGGACAUCGCAGGUGCAGCCGUCGGCAUUGCCUUUUUUGCGCAGUACGCCCUGAGCUCCGUGAUGUCGCUUCCCGGCGUGUUCGCCGCGGAGGACAGCACCCGGGCCAUGCUUUUCGUGCUGGCAGGGACGGUCUUGGCAGUCGAGCUUGUCACGUGGAUGGGGAUUUGCCGCUCCCGAGCCGACCUGUGCAAGGCUUCUCUGGGAGAAGAGCAUCCUCAAGAGACGGCACCAAACCCCUCUUUCAAAUGA